AUGGGUGAAGCCCGCCGCGCCGCAGGUAUUCCCCCUCCCCUGCCUCCCUCCCCGCCCUCCAUCUCCCCCUCACCUCUUCCCUCCCUCUUCCUCCCCCCCCCCCCCCUCUCUACCCCCCUUCUCCCCCCUCUCUACCCCCCUUCUCCCCCCUCUCUACCCCCCCCUCUCCCCCCUCUCUACCCCCCCUCUCCCCCCUCUCCCCCCUCUCUACCCCCCCCUCUCCCCCCUCUCUACCCCCCCUCUCCCCCCUCUCUACCCCCCCUCUCCCCCCUCUCUACCCCCCCUCUCCCCCCUCUCCUUCCCACAUCCCCCCUCCCCCUUCUCCUGCAACCUUACCCUGUCUUCAUCGCGCACGGCGUCGAUUCGGAGAGUGACAACGAGACGAACGUCACGGCACCGGGAAGCGCAACUACCGCCGUCGCCCCGUGCGGCCUCUCUACUUCUCCGUUCGUCCCUCCGCCUUUCGCGCCGAACUACCCGCUGGGUCAGCCGCUACAGUACAUGCAUCAAUUCGCCCCCGGGUCUGGCGCAUACGCUUAUAAUCCCUAUUUUCAAUAUGCCGCGCCGCCGGCCAAACUGGCGGGUAGCUGUCAGAAGCGAAGUUCGCCUCCGUCGCCGUCGUCUCAAGCUGCUUCUACCGCCGCAGCCGCCGCAACUGCCACCGCCGCAGGUGCUUCAAGCCCUGCUGGUGCCGCCGCUGCUGGCGCGGCUGCGGCGUAUCGUGGGAUGACGUCAUUCUCUCCCAACGGCAUUGCCGUCGGCAUGGCGAGCGGCUUUCCUCCCGCGCACCACCUCGCACGCGCGGGUUACGGCGCCUAUUACGGACACAUGGGCGGCAUGCAGGCUCCUGCGACUCGCCUCUUUCCAGGCCCCUCUGCGGCUUCCCCUGUUGCUAGUCCUCCCCCAGCCGCCGCAUCCGCCGCCGCCGCCGCAGCGGGUGCGGUGGGUUCCUAUCCGUUCGAUUAUCCACCCAUGCAGUGGAUGAGGAACCCGCAUAUGGGAUACCUCCCGGUGCUGCCUUCCCCGCAUGCCACGGCGCACAUGACGCCGCAGAUGCCGCCGGGCGCGGCGGAGUUCCUGUACAUGCAGUACGCCACGGCGCAAGGCCAGUGCGGCGCGCAGCAGUUCGCGGCGCCGGCGGCUGCCGCCGGCCUGCCGGCUAUCAGCCCGGCCGUCAGCUCUGACGGCAGCGCUGCCGGCGCGGCGGCCAUGCAGGCGAGGUUGCGCGUCGGGAAGGGGAAGAAAGCCGACGCGAAGGAGAAGCAGCAGCGGUACAGGGGGGUGCGCCAGCGCCCGUGGGGAAAAUGGGCGGCGGAGAUCCGCGACCCCGCGCGCGGCGUGCGCUUGUGGCUGGGGACGUACGACACGGCGGAGGACGCCGCCCGCGCAUACGACGCGGCCGCGCGCGCCAUACGCGGGGCGGAGGCGCAGACGAACUUCGCGGGGGAAGACUCCGCAGAGGGCGCAGCGGGGGACGUUCUCGGCGCAGGGGCUUCUGCGGUUGGCGCAGGCGCAGGCGCGGGCGGAGCUGGCGGAAGGGCGGCGGUUUGUGGUGCAGGCGGUGCUGGUGGCGCUAUACCCGCUGUAGUGCGCACCAAGAAGAAUAGCAAGGCGCACAAGUACAUGCAGGGCUAUUGCAGCGAUACCGAGAGCAUCCUCAGUGAAGUGGCCUCAGAAAUUUCAUCCUGCACUAAAUCGUCCUCCUGCAACAACCUCUCCUCCGCGCUUUCAUCUGCCCCCUCAUCUGCCCCAACGUCACCUGAACUCAAGACCGCUUCUCCUGCCCCAGUUUCAACCGCCUUACCAAAUCCCCUCUCCUCCUCCACCCCAUCUACCGACUCAGACUUCCUCUUUCUCCUCCCAGAGCCUCUCACUCACUCUGCUUCUGCACCCGAGUUUGUCUCAUGCCAUGCCGUCACCACCCCUGCAGCACCUGCUGUCAAAGCCGAAGCAGCGGAUUUCCAGGAAUCAGGCUUGCAGGGAGCAGCAGCACAAGAGGAGGAGUUUCCAGUGUCUGAGCUUGAUGCCGAGACCUUUUCUUUUGGGCUCGAUGAAGUGUGUGGUGGCGGUGUCGGUGGUGCUGGUGGUGACGCCGGUGCUCCGUUCUGGGACCUUGAUGUUCCACCGUACCUUGAAACGAACGAGAUUGGCCUGGACAGCAUUCUCUGGUAA